UUGAGUGCAGCUCUACGCCUUCAAAUCAAAUCAUUCAAAACACGCGCAAAGAAAUAUCUUCUUCUUUCAUUUCCCUUCACAGCUCCUUCUCCGUUUCUUUGUCUUUUGGCAUUUCCCACACAUCCUAGCCCAUGGACUCCAUUGUUUUCGCUGGUACCAUGGCCGUCCUCUCCAGUUCUGCAGGGGUUUCGAUCAUUAGUAGCCGCAGCCGCAGUUUGCCUUGCAUCCCCACGUGUUCUAGCAGCUCCCCUGUUUCAAGGCUUGGUGCUGCUGGUGGUGGUUGUUAUGCUUCGUCAAGUCGGCGGCGUCUCCUUAGGUUUUAUGCGUUUGGACGGUCGGAUGCUUCGCUUUUUGCCACCAAUGGUAGCACUAAUUCUGUUUCUCCACGGGAAGGAACCUACACUGUAGGUGAUUUUAUGACAAGAAAAGAGCACUUGCAUGUUGUAAAACCAACAACUACUGUUGAUGAAGCUCUAGAGACUCUUGUUAAUAAAAGAGUUACAGGAUUUCCGGUGGUUGAUGAUGACUGGAAGUUGGUUGGCGUUGUUUCUGACUAUGACCUAUUGGCACUUGACUCCAUCUCAGGUGGCGGUCAACAGGAUACAAGCAUGUUUCCAGUUGUUGGUAGCACGUGGAAAACAUUUAAUGAACUUCAGAAGCUACUCAGUAAGACAAAUGGGAAGGUUAUUGGUGAUCUUAUGACUUCGGCCCCCCUGGUAGUUCGUGAAACCACCAAUCUUGAGGAUGCUGCAAGGUUAUUGCUUAAGACAAAGUUCCGCCGACUGCCGGUCGUAGAUAGCGAAGGGAAGCUGAUUGGUAUUAUUACAAGAGGUGAUAUUGUUGGAGGCGCUCUUCAGAUGAAAAAGGAAACUGAAAAUCUUUGAUCACUUCUGGGUAUCAAUUAUGAAAAUGGUGCUUAUAUUUUAGCUGUGGUAGUGGAUGUAAGACAUUUAAAUUUGCUGGAAGGUACCAACAUACUGCUAUUUACGAAUGCACCUUUGAAGGAAUCACAGCAUGUGGAGAUAAGGUAUCAACUAUAUCUGAAGAACUAGGUUAUUCAUUGUUACAAGGCCUUUCUGCUUGUAAAUUUUGUAUUUAAGUAUAAGUGUUAUCGAAUAUGGUUGAAAGAUAGUAUUCCACUUAACAGAGAAAUCAUUUGUGUUUUUUGUUACCCUAACAGAUAUAUCUUGUAAUGAAUGCAUCAAUGUUUCUGAUUAUAAAAUGAAUAUUAUUGUGUUUA